GGGAGCAGCCUCCCUCUUCCCCACCCAACCCGCAAAUCCCCAAAUCGAACCCGCCGCCUCCCAAACCCUCGCUCUCCCAGCCCCAAGAACCUCGCCGCCGCCGCCGCCGCCUUCGGCCACCGGCCACCGCCGCCUCCCGACCGGCCGCCAUGGCGCGAAACGAGGAGAAGGCUCAGUCCAUGCUGAACCGCUUCAUCACGAUGAAGCAGGAGGAGAAGCGGAAGCCACGGGAGCGGCGGCCGUACCUCGCCUCCGAGUGCCGCGACCUCGCCGACGCCGAGCGGUGGCGCUCCGAGAUCCUCCGCGAGAUCGGCGCCAAGGUCGCCGAGAUCCAGAACGAGGGCCUCGGGGAGCACCGCCUCCGCGACCUCAACGACGAGAUCAACAAGCUCCUCCGCGAGCGCGGCCACUGGGAGCGCCGCAUCGUCGAGCUCGGCGGCCGCGACCACUCCCGCAGCUCCAACGCGCCCCUCAUGACCGACCUCGACGGCAACAUCGUCGCCAUACCCAACCCCUCCGGCCGCGGCCCCGGGUACCGCUACUUCGGCGCCGCCAAGAAGCUCCCUGGCGUCCGUGAGCUCUUCGACAAGCCACCCGAGGUCCGUAAGCGGCGGACCCGCUAUGAGAUCCACAAGCGCAUCAACGCAGGGUACUACGGUUACUACGACGACGAAGACGGCAUGCUAGAGCGGCUCGAGGCCGUUGCCGAGAAGCGCAUGCGCAAUGAGGUCAUCACUGAGUGGCACCGUGUGGAGCGGGUGCGGCGGGAGGCCAUGAAGGGGGUAGUGAGCGGCGAGGUGGCCUCGGCAGGUGGGCGCGGCGGGGAGGCUGCUAGGGAGGUGCUGUUCGAGGAGGUGGAGGAGGAGGUUGAGGAGGAGAGGAGGCUGGAGGAGGAGAAGAGGGAGAGAGAGAAGGGCGAGGAGGCUGGGAAGGAGUUUAUCGCGCAUGUGCCGCUACCCGAUGAGAAGGAGAUUGAGCGGAUGGUGUUGGAGCGGAAGAAGAAGGAGCUGCUGAGCAAGUACACCAGCGACGCCCUGCAGGUUGAGCAGGAAGAGGCCAAGGAGAUGCUCAAUGUGCGCCGCUAGGAGAGAUGGUUGGCUAUUGUUGGAAUCUUCAUGAUCUGAAACUUCAGCACUGAAGUACAACGAACACCCAUGCGAUGCUGACGCUGAAGCGCAGGAAAACAAGGAGGAGCCCGUUUUGCAGCGCAUUCAUGAACGCAGCCCUGGCAAACAUCUGUUGUUAAAGAAAAAGCAGGGCUUCCCUGUGUUUUAUCCAUUUUAUCACUAACCUUGAUGAGUGGUGAGUGAUGGCGAAGCACUUACAUAUUCGUAAUGUAAACCAGAGUUCUAGUGCACUGCAUGCUUUUAGUGUACUCUCUAAUUACUCUUUAUAGCUGAUUAGCUUCUAAAAUUUUAGUUGUAUACUGGAGAAUAUGUACUUCGUCUGUUUUCCGGCUUCUAUGAUGUGCAAGAGAAUCCAUGUUAUA